AUGGGGGCAGAGUGCCGACAGCACAUGGAUCUGGCGUGGGUGGCCACCGGAGCCCCCGCCCACGCAGGCCGCCGCCGCGCGCAGCCGUCGCCCGCACCGGCCGCCGUCGCGUGCAGCCCUCGCCCGGGCCGGCCGCCGCCGCGCAGCCCUCGCCGGAGCGCGUGCACUCGGCGCGCGUCGCCGACGGCGCGCCCCGCGCGCAACCACAGCUCGGCGUGCCGCUGCUAUCGCCCUUCCGCGCCGGUGCUGGGCGCUGCCACCGUGCCCGCCCCGCGUCCUCGCCGUCGCCGCGAGGCCUUGCGGGGGAGCGGAGUGCCAGGCCGCCGCAGCUGCCCCGCUAUCAUGUGCAGGCCGUUGCGCGUGCCCGCCGCGCCGGCCGCCGCACUUGGCCCGCCACGCGCAAGGGCCGGGGUGGGGAAGGAGGAGGCCGCGGCCGGCAGGCAAGGGUCGGGGGUGGGGAGGAGGCCGCCGCCGAACCCUGCUCAGCCGGCGUGCGACUUCGGGCGGAGCAGGGCGCGGCGAGGGGCCAGGGCGCGGCGAGGGCCCAAGCAGUGGCGCGCGGCGGGCCACAACGGUGGGGCGGGGCAGUGGCGAGCGCCGCGCCGGUGUGCGGGGCGGGAGUAG